GGCAUAAGUUGUCUGCUGCUGCUGUAAGCUGAAAGAGAAAUUUCUUUGUAAAAACACAAAACAGAGAGCGAUGGCUCGUCAAUCCCUCGUCAAACUGAUCGGCUCGAUCGCAUCUCGCAAGCAUCUUUCCCCUUCUACAUCGACCGCGAUUCAGACUCGGCAGUACGCCGCGGCGGCGGCGGCCGCAUCUCCUCAGCCGGCAGUAUUUGUGGACAAGAACACCAGAGUAAUCUGUCAGGGUAUCACCGGUAAAAAUGGUACCUUUCACACUGAACAGGCCAUCGAGUACGGCACUAAGAUGGUGGGUGGAGUAACACCAAAGAAGGGAGGAACAGAACAUCUGGGUCUUCCUGUAUUUAAUACAGUUGCUGAUGCUAAAGCUGAAACUAAAGCCAAUGCUUCUGUCAUUUACGUGCCUCCGCCAUUUGCUGCUGCAGCUAUCAUGGAGGCUAUGGAAGCUGAACUAGAUCUUGUGGUUUGCAUUACUGAGGGAAUCCCACAACAUGAUAUGGUGCGUGUAAAGGCUGCUCUCAAUAGACAAUCUAAAACUCGUUUGAUUGGGCCAAACUGCCCUGGGAUUAUCAAGCCGGGAGAAUGUAAGAUUGGCAUAAUGCCUGGGUACAUUCAUAAACCUGGUCGCAUUGGAAUUGUUUCUAGAUCCGGUACAUUGACCUAUGAAGCUGUUUUCCAAACAACUGCUGUUGGCCUUGGACAAUCCACAUGUGUUGGUAUUGGAGGAGAUCCUUUCAAUGGAACAAACUUUAUCGAUUGCAUUGAGAAGUUCCUAGAAGAUCCUCAGACAGAAGGUAUAAUUCUUAUAGGAGAGAUUGGAGGAACCGCGGAGGAAGAUGCCGCUGCGUUAAUUAAGGCAAGUGGGACUGAGAAGCCUAUUGUUGCAUUUAUUGCUGGGCUAACUGCCCCUCCUGGCCGUCGUAUGGGGCAUGCUGGAGCUAUUGUAUCAGGUGGUAAGGGUACAGCUCAAGAUAAAAUCAAGACCUUAAGGGAAGCCGGAGUUACGGUGGUAGAGUCUCCUGCUAAAAUCGGAGUUGCCAUGCUUGAUGCGUUUAAGCAGAGAGGCCUUGUAAGUUAGGCUGCACAUUUUCAUGGAACUAGUUAAUUAACAUUGUUAAAAUGAUGAGAAUGCUCGAUUUUUUUCGGCCAGCGUGGCAUAAAUUCUGUAAUAAACCAAUUGUUUGCAUUACCCUACUUGUUUAUACAAGUAGAAAUUCAGAGAGAAAUGCAAAAAGCCUUUUGCUUUUA